AAAAAAAAAAAAGAUAAAUCAAAAUAAAAAUGAUAUUAACUACACUAAUUUUAAUUUUUUUCCUUAAAAAAAAAGAAAUGACAUUAAUUAUUUUAAAAGAAUUGCUAGAAGCUAUUAUAUUUAAUAAAGGAUGGAAACUUGUUUUGGUUGCAUUUUUUAUUGCGUUUUUAGAUAGUUGUGCAUGGGUUUACACGGAAGAUACUAAUAAUACACGAUUUGAUCUAAUAGUUAUAGUAAUAGGGUUAUCUUAUAUAUUGUAUACUGAAGCAGAUAGAAUGCGAUUAUCAAGACAAGAAUUUCAAUGGGUGAUUUUGAGAUUUUGUGAUAAAAAACCUCAUCAAGCGUAUUCUUGCAUAUUUCUUUUCAUAUUGUCAAUAUUAUACUACAAUAUAUAUGUGAGCUCUAUUAUUCUUAUUAUAUUAUUUACAUUUUUAUCUGAUUUCGCACCAAAUAAUUUACUCGGAAUUUCUGAAUUUGGGUCAAAAAUAUUUAAAAUUGUACAUUAUAUUAUUCCACCAAUUAUAAUGGUGAUUUUGUUUAAAUUGUUUCUAGCAAUAUUAAUGACUUCAAAAUCGACUCUUGAGAUAUUAUCUUCCGUUAUCUAUGAGGAAUUAAUGUUCUAUUUAAUGGGGUUUGCAAUUCCAUUUUUAUUAAUAUUUUCAACGGUUAAUUAUCAGAUGUUUGUUAAUCAUUACAACAAAAACCUUUCACUUUAUACUUACUUUUUAUUUUCGUUGAAAAUGCAAAAAUUGUAUUGGUUGGUGGUGUUUGAAGUUUUAAGUAUUUUACCACCAAUAUGCAUUCAUUGUGGUCAUACGCGAUCAGAGCGGAAUUGGUGUCAAAAUUGUGCAAAGAAAUAUUUUAUUAAUAAUAUAUCAAAAUGGACAAGCGGUCAUGAAGUUAUUGAUAAUUUAAUUAAAGAAUUUCAAUUUAAAGCAAAAAAUGAAUUUGAAUGUAUAGAAUGGAUUCCUUUUAAUGAAUUUGAUAUUAUCAAAGAAAUUGGUAAAGGAGGAUUUGGUACAGUUUAUUCCGCAACUUGGAAAAGUGGUCCUUUAACUAUGUUAAAUGGAAAUUUUGGAAGGAUUAACAGAUCCGGUCAACAAAAAGUUGCUAUAAAAACUCUUGGUCGUUCAGAUAAUAUUACAAAAGAAUUUUUACAUGAAUUAGAAGCUCAUAUAAAAUGUGCUACAACAUAUUCAAGCGAUUUUUUUGCUGUACUUAGGUGUUAUGGUUUAAGUCAAGAUCCCGUCUCAGGAUCGUAUAUGAUUGUAAUAGAUUUGGUAGAAAAUGGAAGCUUAAAUCAAUAUUUACAAAAAAAAUUUUCAACUCUUAAAUGGAAUGAAGAUAAAUUAAGAUUACUUGUAGAAAUAUCUAGUGGAUUGAAAGUAGUUCAUGAAGUAGAUCUUGUGCAUCAUGAUUUUCAUACUGGCAAUAUUUUAAUAGGAAAAGAGGGUACAGCCUAUUUGGCAGAUUUAGGACUAAGUCGUCCCGCUAAUAUACAAUCAUCUAAAUCUGAUGCUUUUGGUGUGUUACCGUUCGUUGCUCCUGAAGUCUUACGCGGAAAUUCAUAUACUAAAGCUUCCGAUAUUUACAGUUUUGGAAUGAUCAUGUGGGCGGUGUCUUCGGGUCAAAAUCCUUUUUCACGUUAUGAACUUAAUAGUGAUCUGGCAUUAAGAAUAGUAACGGAAUGUGUAAGGCCACCUAUUAUUAAAGGAAUUCCUAAAAUCUAUGUAGAUUUAAUGGUAAAAUGUUGGGAUCCUGAUCCAUUAAAAAGACCUUCAGCUGCUGAUUUAGAAAAAACAUUUAGAAAAUGGUAUUUUAAUGGGGAAUUUUAUGAUAAAUUUGCACAAGCUGAUAAAUUAAGUGUCGAUUAUAUUACGAAUAUUAUACAACGAAGUCAACCUAUUUCUAGUUAUAAAAGUCACAAAAGUUCAAUUUGUCGGCCAUUAGAUUAUGACGUAAGUAAUGUAUUAGAUUCAACGCAACUAGGAUUAGUUAUAGAUAAUGAGAUGCAAGGAUCCAAACAAUUAAAUGAGAUAAAUUUAGAAUUAGCUCUUGAUAAUAAAACUUCAGAAAAUCAAGAAAGCCAAUUUAUUCAUAGCUAUAGCAAAUUUGUUUCUAACAAAUUUAUUGAAGAAGCUGAAAAAAAUAAUGAAUCUAAAAAAUCAAAGCAAUUUGAUAAGACAAAUUUUGAGUUAGGAUUAGUUCUUAAUAAUAAAAUAUCAGAAAAUAAAAAAACAAAUCAAUUAAAUAAGAUGAAUCCAGAUGAAAUAAAUUUUGAAUCAUCAGAAUUAGAAUUAGUUCUUAAUAAUGAAACAGAAAAUAAUAAAAAAACAAACCCUUUAAAUAAAAUAAAUUCAGAAUUAAAAAAAUUUGAUGAAAUAAAUUUUGGUAAGAAUAUAUUUUAAGAGUGAAUUUAUUUACCGCACCCUGCGUUACAACGCAUCCUUCCUUUUUUGUAAAUUGUUUAU